UCUUCAGAGAGGAAGAGGAACAUCAGAUCCAGAGCACUUGCUGCUGUCAUUCUCUUUGGGGCAUUUGGGGACGUUUUUUCCUUCAGGAUCCCGUGGAAACGACGGAUUAGAUUAUUUUAUUUGGUUUUUAACACCAUGUACACGCAAAACCGUCACUAAAUUAUAUGUUAUUCAAGUUGUUCCAACAAUAAGUAAAAUGGAUGUAUGGCGACCGUCUGAUUAGUUAAAAAAGUACAAAAUAACCCUAUCAAGAGAAAACCAUGCAGCUACAACGUUAGCUGCUCCAAUAAAGGAUCGUUUUGUCAUUCCGACUCCGGGUUACGUUACAUUUCAGCUUUACUUCAGAUUUACAGUGAACUGGACUGUUUUUAAGAGGCUUUCUUUCAUAAACACAAGGCCGAUUUCUGUUGAUCGGGUCUUGUGAGCCAUCAUGGCCAAAGUGCAGGUGCUAAACGUGUCUGUUCUGGAUAACCCCAGUCCUUUUGGAAACCCGUUUCAAUUCGAAAUCACGUUUGAGUGUAUGGAGGACCUACCUGAAGAUCUGGAGUGGAAGAUCAUAUACGUGGGCUCUGCGGAGAGUGACGAGUACGACCAGGUCCUGGACUCGGUUCUGGUCGGCCCAGUUCCUGCAGGCAGACAUAUGUUUGUGUUUCAGGCGGACGCUCCAAACACAGGGCUGAUCCCCGAGAGCGAUGCGGUGGGCGUGACCGUCGUGCUGAUCACAUGCACCUAUCGCGGACAGGAAUUCAUUCGCAUCGGUUACUAUGUAAACAAUGAGUACACAGACCCUGAGCUGCGGGAAAACCCACCUGUCAAACCCAACUACACACAGCUGCAAAGGAACAUCUUGGCGUCGAACCCUCGAGUGACCCGUUUCCACAUUAACUGGGAGGCUACUAUGGAAAAGAUGGAAGAUUCAGAGAAUGUAGACCCCGCCCCCAAUGUCAUGCUCCCGCCCACCUCCAUGCCUUGCAAAGCCCCGCCCCUUGGACUCAUGCCUGACAACUCUAUGGACUGCUUAUAGAGCUUGAACUCAACAGCCACCUCAUACAUGAAGUAAUAAAUGUGUUAUUUUUGAUUUACAUGCCUGCAGUUCUUACAGUUGUGAUUGGACACACACACACACACACUCAUCUCAAUCCUCUGGCACUUAUUGCUCAAAUCACACACACCUGAUGUGCUCAGGUAGUCAUGGGACUUUGCAGGAGCUGAACACAGAGGGGCCGGACCGGCACUACCAGCAGACGUGGACUGUUUUCUUCGGUUUCUUUGUGGUGCACAUCACUAGUGAGGUGAAUCUCAUGAAAAUAUGUCUGGCUCACAUUUUCCAUAACAUUGAGGAAAAUAACAAUUCUAUUUUGCAGAAAGACAAAGAAGCAUUUUAGAACCUUAAUUGUUUUUUUUUAUUAAUUUUUUUCCUCAAAUUCUCAUUACUAUAAUAAAAAACAAACAAACAAUGAUUUCUGUAAUGCAGAGUUGUUUGUAAUAAUGAUGAUAUAAUAACGUUUGAUUUAAACUGUAAAGCAUUCAUACUUCAUGGUUGAGGUCAUAAUCACCAUUGAGAAUAAUAAGAUUUUCUUAAAAAAAAAAAAAAAAUUGUGACCCUGACAUGUUUUGUGAGAUUCAUCCUGUGGUACUUUAUGAUCAGGAUCUGAGCAACUUUUUCUGGGAGUAUUUAGCUUGGAUAUGAUCGAUAUACAGAACUCGUCACAAUUCCAGCUCUGUUUCUGCUUUGUUGGGAUGUGAGAGUAUUUAGAAAAGUAUUUGGUUGGUUCUUUUGUUGCCUUGUUUUUCCACAUGCUAUUUGUUUAUGAAAAGUCUUUGAUUGAAUAAAUAUUAACUUUUGUCAUUAUAAAA